CUAAGUAACCCAAUUACAUAUGCUGUCAUAAACUAGAAUGUAGUACUAGUACUACAUAAACCAGGACAAUAAUUUACGGAAACAAACAUCCAUUAACUUUCAAAGUUAAUCACAAAGUGCUAAAACGUUAAAUAACUUGAUAUGAUUCUAGAAAAAGGGAAACAAUGACAAUCCCUUACAUUACAUUCAAGGAGAAGAAACUAAAUUAAACAUAGCCGGCUGAUCAAUGCAUGGACAUUGGUCAAUGCCUCAAUGGUAGAUGUUAUCUCUCUCUUGUUUCUUUCACAUGGCUCCAACAAGAACAACCAAAUAAGUCCUUCAAAAUUGUCAAUGUUUUUCAUCUAUAAAUAGUUAGAAACUUAUGAUAUAUUGAAACCAAGUUGAGAACAAGAUGAAGAAGGUUUCUCUUUAUGCUUGUUUAUUACUCAAUUUGAUCAGUCUUUUGGUUAUUUUUCCAUAUAGCAAAGCUAGUCAAGCUGAUAAACUCAAUGAGUUUAUUCUGUCUAGAAAAUCUCAGAAUCCUCCUAAGACACUUUCUUGGGAAGAGGGAGAUGCAUUGAAAACACAUUCUUUUUCUGCUGCUUAUGUUGCACCACCUCAAGAGGAGCUAAGACUAGCAGACAAGAUCGUCACAUUGCCUGGUCAACCCUAUGGAGUAAAUUUUGACCAAUAUUCAGGCUAUGUCACAGUUGAUCCUGAGGCUGGAAGAGAACUUUUCUAUUAUUUUGUGGAGUCUCCAUAUAACUCUUCCACUAAACCUUUAGUACUGUGGUUCAAUGGAGGACCUGGUUGUUCCUCACUGGGAUAUGGAGCCUUUCAAGAGCUCGGACCCUUCAGAGUCAAUUCUGAUGGAAAAACAUUAUACCGCAACCCAUAUGCUUGGAAUGAAGUUGCAAAUGUACUCUUCUUGGAAUCUCCGGCAGGAGUAGGAUUUUCCUACUCAAACACAACAUCUGACUAUGACAAUUCAGGAGAUAAGUCCACCGCUAAAGAUGCCUAUGUUUUCCUCAUCAACUGGCUGGAGAGAUUUCCACAGUACAAAACAAGAGCUUUUUACAUAACUGGAGAGAGUUAUGCUGGUCACUAUGUUCCGCAGCUUGCAUCGACUAUUCUUCACAACAAUAAACUCUAUAACAACACCACUAUUAACCUCAAAGGCAUUUCUAUAGGGAAUGCUUGGAUUGAUGAUGCCACAGGUUUAAGGGGGUUAUUUGAUUACCUUUGGACUCAUGCGUUGAACUCGGAUCAAACUCAUGAGUUGAUUGAGAAGUAUUGUGACUUCACUUCUGAAAACGUUUCAUCAAUUUGUAUCAAUGCAACACAUAAGGCCUUCCUUGAGCAAGGAAAGAUAGACUCCUAUAACAUCUAUGCUCCACUAUGUCAUGACUCUUCUCUCAAAAAUGGCUCAACUGGUUAUGUAACUAAUGACUUUGACCCUUGUUCUGAUUACUAUGGUGCUGCCUAUCUAAAUACACCAGAGGUUCAAAAGGCUCUUCAUGCAAAACCUACAAAUUGGACCCAUUGCACUCAUCUUCUUACUGACUGGAAAGACAGUCCAAUUACAAUCCUACCCACCGUCAAGUACCUCAUCGACAGUGGCAUUAAGCUAUGGAUAUACAGUGGUGAUACAGAUUCAGUUGUUCCAGUCACAUCUUCAAGAUACUCAAUCAACACCCUUAAGCUCCCUAUUAACGCUGCUUGGCGUCCAUGGUAUUCUGGAAAAGAGAUUGGAGGAUAUGUGGUGGGAUACAAAGGAUUGACAUUUGUUACAGUAAGAGGAGCAGGACAUCUUGUUCCAAGCUGGCAACCUGAACGUGCUUUGACUUUGAUCUCAUCAUUCCUAUAUGGAAUCCUGCCUCCUGCUUCACCAUCAAAUUAAAGGGUUCUGAGCAUGAUCAAUGUUUCAAAUUUACUUCCUUGAAAUGCACUCUGUGCAUAAUCUACUAGUUAGAUUGUAAUAAAAAAAAAAUUAGUUUGAACUUUCAA